UUGGAAUGUGUAAAUGUAAAAUCCAGAAUCAGCUAUCUGAGUGGAUAGACAGAGAGUGUCACCUUGAGCUGUUGUACAAGAUUAGUGUACACGGGGGAACGGCUGAUAAGUUCCACGAGUUGUGUGACGACAAGGGUCCCACGGUGACCAUCUUCUACAACACAGACAACAACGUGUACGGGGGAUACACGUCACUGAGCUGGAAGAGUGAAGGAAGCUGGUGUACGGACAAACUGUCAUUUCUGUUCAAGCUGUAUACCAAUAAAAUAUGGGAACCCAGAAAGUUUACAUUAUCAAAGACAAACACAGACAUGAACGUUUUAUUUGAUAGUAGGUACGGCCCAAAGUUUGAGAAUUUGAAAUCUUUUAAUACAUCUGUUGACAAAACUUCCGGUUAUUACUCACUGAGUAAAGGCGGUCUGUUCGGUGGAAGUUAUUAUGACAUGGGAGGAGAGAACGCACAGUCUGUAGCCAACGGACACAACAACGUCACAGAUCUAGAGGUGUAUCUGGUCAAAGAUGGCCCGGAGGAGUCUAUAACGGUCCCAUGGAGAGACCCGCCGGGAUGGAAAUCACAGACACUUAUGGAACUGAAGGACUACGUCAUUGACUACCGACCUCCGGAGGAAAUGGAGGCACCGGAAGCAAAUGUGUUACUCGUUGGACAAAUUGGCGCUGGAAAAUCAAGUCUGUUAAACACUAUGAACUCCAUCUUUAAAGGAGAAAUGACGUCACGGGCCUGGACGGGGAGCUCCGAGAACAGCCUGACUACAAGUUUCAACAAGUUCCGAAUUCGCGAUCCUUCCACGCGGAAGUUUUUAAACUUCAGACUGUGUGACACGCGGGGACUAGAAGAGAACAUGUGUAUGAAAAACGAGGACAUGGCCUUAAUUCUGGAUGGUCACAUUCCACACAACUACACGUUUAAUCCUGUUGCCCAAGCCUCAAAUGACGUGCCAGGAUUUCACAAACAACCUACAUCAAAGGACAAAAUACACGUGAUCGUUUUUGUAGUGGAUGGAAGCACGGUAGAUGUGAUGCCCGAAGGAGUUCUAAAAAAAAAAAUAAAGGACAUAAAAUGCAUGGCAAUUGACAGAGGAAUACCACUACUCGUUUACAUUACGAAGAUCGACAAAGUUUGGCCAUUGGUUGACAAAGACGUCACAGAAGUCUUUUUUAGCAGACCUGUAGAAGAAAUGGUGAACAAAGUGGCUGACGUCAUCGCUAUUCCGAGAGCACACAUUCUUCCGGUGAAGAAUUACGAGAAUGAGGGCUGCUUGAAAACUAAAAUCAACAUUUUGGCCUUGAAAGCUUUGAAAAUGGCUCUGUUUGCCGAUGAUUUCUUGGAAAAUCAAAGUGAGCUACAACUACUACAACAAACCAAACGUCUCAAUGUAAAAGACUAAAUUCUGAAGCCUUAUUGUUAGUUAGACAUUCAUAUAUCUUAUAACCCAAGCCACGUCCUAAUAUAAACGCGUAGCGGCAUUUUUAUGCUUCUGUACUUCUGUACUUUUGAAGAUCUAAGGUUAAAAAAGUCAUAUCUGUCGAGAAUCUUAAGAAUUCAAAGAUUAUUUCAAUUUAUAGCAACUCUAUUCACGUAGACAGUAUGUUAUCAUUGUAACUGUACUUUGUGUAUGUAGAAUAGAAGGCGUGAUAUCCAGACUUAA